ACAUCAGCAGAGUCCACACAUCCACAGUAGAGUACAUACAACCUGGCCAUCCUGCAGGUAACACAAAAUGCUACACCACCUGAAGACCAUGCUCAGUGCCGCCUGGGGACAAACCAAUAAGUCCUUUGUUCGUCAUUUACAGACUUCACACAGCAACCUACAGUGGAAAGGUCGGGAUCUUUUAACAUUGAAAAACUGCAAUGCUGAAGAAAUAAAGUAUCUUCUGUGGGUGUCAGCAGAUCUGAAACACAGGAUUAAACAAAAAGGAGAGUAUCUACCUUUACUGCAAGGGAAAUCUCUUGCAAUGAUAUUUGAGAAGAGAAGCACCAGAACUAGACUUUCCACUGAAACAGGAUUUGCUCUGCUUGGAGGACAUCCUUGUUUUCUCACCACGCAGGAUAUUCAUUUGGGAGUCAAUGAAAGCCUGAAGGACACAGCAAGGGUUUUAUCUGGAAUGACAGAUGCUGUUCUAGCUCGAGUUUAUCACCAGUCAGACCUGGAACUGUUGGCUAAAGAAGCAUCUAUUCCCAUAGUGAACGGAUUGUCUGACGACUACCAUCCCGUUCAGAUACUAGCUGAUUAUCUGACUAUUCAGGAACAUUAUGGCCACCUCAAAGGACUAACUAUUUCCUGGAUUGGUGAUGGAAAUAAUGUCCUACAUUCAAUCAUGCUGAGUGCUGCAAAAUUCGGAAUGAAUGUGCACAUUGCAACACCAAAGGGGUAUGAACCAAAUUCCACUGUUACUGCAGCUGCUAAGCAAUUUUCAAAAGAGUCUGGAACUAAGCUACUUAUGACAAAUGAUCCCCUGGAAGCUGCCCGUGGUGCCAAUGUUUUGGUUACUGACACGUGGGUGAGCAUGGGGCAAGAAGAGGAGAAGAAAAAGCGUCUGCAGGAUUUCAAAGGUUACCAGAUCACAAUGCAGACGGCAAAAUUGGCAGCGCCCAACUGGACAUUCCUUCACUGUUUACCAAGAAAGCCUGAAGAGGUUGAUGAUGAGGUUUUUUAUUCCCCUAAAUCACUUGUUUUCCAAGAAGCAGAAAAUAGAAAGUGGACAAUUAUGGGGGUGAUGGUCUCUUUGCUGACUGAUUACUCGCCACAGAUGCCAACACCUACGUUCUAAUUUCCAGCACAUUUCAUCAGGAUGGUAAUUGCAGACUGAUUCUCAAGAAUGAGCCCCGACUGAAAGCUUCGAUGCAAAUAAUUAAGUCUAGGUUCAUACCAGAUUUUUUGCAUCCUGUUGAAAGGUAGUAUUUUUUUUUCUGUUGGUCAAAUUUAUCAUUAAAACAGAAUGCAACAAAA